AUGUGCUACGACCGCUAUGUGUCCGUCUGCAAACCCCUGCACUACGGGACCCUCCUGGGCAGCAGAGCUUGUGCCCACAUGGCAGCAGCUGCCUGGGCCUGUGCCUUUCUCAAUGCUCUGCUGCACAUAGUCAAUACAUUUUCCCUGCCCCUAUGCAAUGGCAAUGCCCUGGGCCAGUUCUUCUGUGAAAUCCCUCAGAUCCUCAAGCUCUCCUGCUCACACUCCAAACUCAGGGAACUUUGGCUCAUUGUGCUAAGUGCUCUUCUAUAUUUUGGUUGUUUUGUGUUCAUUGUUUUCUCCUAUGUGCAGAUCUUCAGGGCUGUGCUGAGGAUCCCCUCUGAGCAGGGACGGCACAAAGCCUUUUCCACCUGCCUCCCUCACCUGGCCAUGGUCUCCCUGUUUGUCAGCACUGGCUUUUUAGUCUACUUGAAGCCCCCCUCUAUCUCCUCCCCGUCCCUGGAUCUGGCCCUGUCAGUUCUGUACUCGGUGGUGCCUCCAGCCCUGAACCCCCUCAUCUACAGCCUGAGGAACCCGGAGCUCAAGGAUGCCCUGGGAAAACUGGUGACUGCAACUUCAGAAGCAAGAAAUUCUCUUUUCUGCUACAGAACCUUCAGAAUAUAA